AUGCGGUCCAGCCUCCCCUUCCUAGAAGCCUUCCUGUUCCUCCUGGGCCCAGCUGCAGGGGAUGUGACUACCCUGAGCCCUGAGCCCAGCCCCAGGGGCUCCUUACCCCUCACUGAGUUCAGCCCCCGCUUCAUCUCUGGCUCCAGCUCCAGCUCCAGGGGUAGCAGCAGCAGCGGCUUCGGAUUUAGUUCUGGCUCUGGCUCCGUGUCCCAGUUUUCCAAUUUCACCGGCUCCAAGGAUGACCGCGGGACCUGCGUGUGCUCCGUCGCCCUGCCCGACACCACCUUCCCGGUGGAGAGAGUGGAAAGGCUGGAAACCACAGCUCACAUCCUCUCCGAGAACAUCAAGACAGAGCUUUCUAAAGUGAAGGAGUAUGUACACCUAAUCAGUAUCUAUGAAAAGAGACUCUCAAACCUAACUGUCCGAGUAGAGGUCAUGGAAAAAGACACCAUUUCUUACACUGAAUUGGACUUUGAGCUGAUCAAGAUAGAAGUGAGGGAGAUGGAGAAGCUGAUCAUCCGGCUGAAGAGCAGUUUUGUUGGAAGCUCAGAAAUUGUUGAUCAACUGGAGGUAGAGAUAAGGAAUAUGACUCUCCUGUUAGAGAACCUCGAGACACUAGACAAAAACAAUGUCCUUACCAUUCGCCGAGAAAUCGCGAUUCUGAAGAACAGGCUAAAGGAAUGUGAAGCUGCCAAAGGUGAAGAUGUCCCUGCCACCCCGCCUCCUCCUGCGCCAGGGACCUGUGCUCACGGUGGUGUGGUGAACGUCAGCAAACCCACUAUAGUUCAGCUCAACUGGAGAGGGUUCGCCUACAAGUACGGUGCCUGGGGCCGGGAUUAUUCUCCCCAGAAUCCAGACAACGAGCUGUACUGGGUGGCGCCUUUAAAUACAGAUGGAAGAUACUUGCAAUAUUACAGACUCUAUAACACAAUGGAUGACCUGCUAUUGUAUGUAAAUGCCCGAGAGAACCAGAUCACCUAUGGCCAAGGCAGUGGUAUAGCCGUUUACAAUAAGAACAUGUAUGUCAACUGGCAUAACACCCACAGCAUUGCCAAAGUCAACCUGACUACCAACAAGGUUGCUGUGACUCAGAUUCUCCCUGAUGCUGCCUACAAUAACCGCUUUUCCUAUGCUGGUGUUGGUUGGCAAGAUAUUGACUUGGCUGUAGAUGAGAAUGGAUUGUGGGUGAUUUAUUCCACUGAGGCCAGCACUGGUAACAUAGUGAUUAGUAAACUCAAUGACACCACACUUGUGGUGCUAAACACUUGGCACACCAAGCAGUAUAAACCAUCUGUUUCUAACGCCUUCAUGGUGUGUGGGGUUCUGUACGCCACCCGUACUCUGAACACCAGAACAGAAGAGAUUUUCUACUACUAUGACACAAACACAGGGAAAGAGGGCAGACUAAACAUUGUAAUGCAUAAGAUGCAGGAAAAACUGCAGAGCGUUAAUUAUCACCCUUUUGACCAGAAACUUUAUGUCUAUAAUGAUGGUUACCUUCUGAAUUAUGAUGUUAUCUUUGGGCAGCAACCCCACUAA